AUGUUGGAAGAAUGCGAGGAAGAAUGCAGUGCUAUCGGAUUGAAAAGCGAUCGAGAGGUUCGUCGAAAUAAGAAUUUUAAGUACAAUUCUGUACUUGAACCCAAAUACAAUAUUCCGUCAGUAGAGAGAAUCGUUAAUGGCACAGAAGCUGAACUAGGUCAGUUUCCUUGGAUGGUUGCUCUUGGAAUAGGGGAUUCAUCCGAUCCUUCGUUUAUCUGCGGUGGUAGUUUGAUUUCCAAUCGUCAUGUAAUCACCGCCGCUCAUUGUUUACCUGUGGACAUAGUACGCGUUGCCGACUUGAAUCUCGACAACGAUCAAGAUGGAGCACAUUCGUUUCAGGAUAACGUUUUGAGUCAAACAGCUCAUCCGCAAUACAAUGCAAAUACCUUAGAAAACGAUGUGGCGAUUGUAAAAACGACUCGCACAGUAACACUUACAGAUCUACGUUAUCCCAUUUCUCUCCCGUUCAAACUGGAAAAUGAUUGCAUUGAAGGGGAGAAUGUUUUGAUCACUGGAUGGGGGACUACGUCAUAUGGGGGCAAUUCAAGUCCUCAUCUUUUGUAUGCAGUUGUUCCCGUAGUUUCUUUGGAUGAUUGCAAAGCUGCUUAUGCGCAAUACCAGCAGGACAUUGACAACCGCAAUAUAUGCGCAGGAUAUAAGCAAGGUGGAACAGAUACCUGUCAGGGUGAUAGUGGUGGACCAUUGAUGGCUGUUAGAAGUAAUACGCCGUACGUUGUUGGAAUUACUUCAUGGGGCUACGAAUGCGCUCGGCCAAAUUACCCAGGCGUAUAUACGAGGGUUAAGGCUUUCGAAGAUUUUAUCAAAAAGCAAUUAGCACAGUAAAUACUGGAACUUCCAAAAUAAGUCUCCAAGGUGUUGACAACCAGCAGGAUCUAGAGGUGAAAGCUCAACAAAAGUUUAUCUAUAAAGAAAAUCAUCAAUGAGAAGAAAUAAACUAAUAUUCAAUUUCUUAUAAAAUUAUUAACAAACCUC